CAACUCCAGACGUUUUUUACCCCGCACUUCCUGUCUGUCUUCGCCCGAAUUUACCAUUGAAUCACGCACGUUUCUUGUCAGCUACAGAUUGCUCUCCAACAGCAAGAUGCGCGCCCGCCAUCUCUCCACCACUGCUCAAGCUCUCUAUCGCGUCUUCGUCCAACCCUCGCUUUCCGUCCCCGCACGCCUGCCUGUCUGCGCUCGACCUUUCCCUGCCAUCGCGGCCGUCGCGCGAUGCUCGCCCGCCCAGAUCCGGACCGCCGUGUCGGUGGCGAAUGUCAAGCAGCAGCUCGAGGAAGAGCGGCCACCCUACAACGACGAGAUUGAGUCGGAUAUGAUCAACAUCGUCGAGGAAGACGGCACGUUCAGGCCCAAUCUGUGGCGCGACGAUGUUCUACGCCGCAUGAACCGAACCACGCACCAUCUCGUCCAAGUUGGGGCUGAGGGUCAAAACUCAAAAUACCCCAACCCGACGUGCAAAGUGCUCUCCAAGAUAUUCCUGAGGCAGCAGGACAACGAGAAGCUGGAGAAGCUCAAGAAGAAGACCAAGUCGGUCGAGGACCUGAGCAAGACGAUUGAGCUGAACUGGGGCGUCAGCGACCACGACCUCUCGCACUGGAUGAAGCGGCUGGUCGAAUUCCUCGAGGAGGGGCGUCGCGUGACGAUCGUGCUGGGGCCGAAGAAGCGCGCUCGCAAGGCGAGUCAGGAGGAGGCCGAGGCGGCCCUGGCCAAGGUGCGGGCGACGGUCAAGAGCGUCAAGGGCGCGAGGGAGCGGACGGAGCCGAUUGGCGAGGUGGGCGCUGUCAUGACCAUGGUGUUUGAUGGCAAGGAGAAGGCACCGGAGGAGGUUGAGGAGAUGGAGAGGGGGAAGAAGGAGGCCAAGGAGGCCAAGAAGAAGGAGAAGAACAAGGAUGGCAAGGUCAAGGUCAGUCGGUAUGCACUGAAGCAGGAGGAAAAGAAAGUGAAGGAAGAAGAGGAGAAAUACUUGCGGGAGGUGCUGGGAUCGCAGAAAACACAACGGUCUAAGCCAAGGGGCGAGCAACGUCCCGAUUCACGUCCUCUCCAUGGUUUUACCAUCCUGAGGCGAUAGACAGCAGGCGCGCCUCCAAUGCAACUUCUCUUUUCUGCCCGCC